AUGGACGAAGGGCUGUGGCCCCCGGCCCCCGGACCCACGGGACCCACGGGACCCACGGGGGCCAAAGCCGGCCAGGGCAGCGGCGGCGGGAGGGGUGGGCGUCAGCAUGCCUCCCCGGGGCCUGGGGCUCCCCCGGCUCCUCCGGCCGUGGCGGGUCCGGCGGCGGCCCCCCGCGCCCUCCGCUCGGAGUUGAUCCCGGGCCGGUCCCGCGGCUGGGUGUGCGGCCGUGGUCCAGGCCGCUCGACCCACCCACCCACCGACCAACUGUCCGGCCGGUCAACCUACCCACUCACCCACCCACCGACCAACUGUCCGGCCGGUCAACCCACUCACCCAUUCGCCCACCGACCAACUGUCCGGCCGGUCAACCCACUCACCCAUUCGCCCACCGACCAACUGUCCGGCCGGUCAACCCACCCGCCCACCGACCAACUGUCCGGCCGGUCAACCCACUCACCCAUUCACCCACCGACCAACUGUCCGGCCGGUCAACCCACCCACCCACCGACCAACUGUCCGGCCGGUCAACCCACUCACCCACCCACCCACCGACCAACUGUCCGGCCGGUCAACCCACUCACCCAUUCACCCACCGACCAACUGUCCGGCCGGUCAACCCACCCACCCACCCACCGACCAACUGUCCGGCCGGUCAACCCACCCACCCAUUCACCCACCGACCAACUGUCCUGCUGGUCAACCCACCCACCCACCCACUGUCCUGCUGGUCAACCCACCCACCCACCCCCUGUCCGGCCGGUCAACCCACCCACCCACCUACCGACCAACUGUCCUGCUGGUCAACCCACCCACCCACCCACUGUCCUGCUGGUCAACCCACCCACCCACCCCCUGUCCGGCCGGUCAACCCACCCACCCACCGACCAACUGUCCUGCUGGUCAACCCACCCACCCACCGACCAACUGUCCGGCUGGUCAACCCACCCGCCCAGUGACCAACUGCCCGGCCGGUCAACCCACCCACCCACCCACCCAUCCACUGGCCAGCCGGUCAACCCAUCCAUCCACCCAUCUACCAAGUAG